CCGUCGACGCCCGUACGAGGACCGGACGACGACCUUCUCUACGCUUCUCUCGAGUUCACCGGUGACCUGUCAAAUUCUCACGAUGGAGGGAACCAGACCGCCUGAUGCGUGACGGACUCGCGACCAGCUUCCCGCCGGCUCCCCCCUUUCCGGCCCCCCGAGUCCACCGGCCGGCCGCAAAAUGUCCCAUCCACCUACCUACUCGCUACAUGAAGCCUUGGGAGAAGAGCCACUCUGCCACUGUCGUCGGCUGGUCCGCGGACGACGGACUCGUUCCAGCCGCUGCGGCUUGAUAUCGCCCCCAAUUGAAUCCUCCCUCUCCAGUCCUCACCGCUGCUUCAGUGUUAGUCCUGGUCAUGCAAUCGAUGUUUUAACAGUCUGCUGCUAUUGGGCCAUGUCACCGGCUGCUACCAUGGCACGCCUGGGUUGGUGUAGCUCUCUGCGACCUUAUUCGCCAUCUCCACUCACACACACCUUUGCGGCGUUGCGCAACCCAUCUCUCUCUCUCUCUCUCUCUUACACAAUCACACACACAAGGCACACCUCGCACCAACUCUCACCUGCACCGGGCAUCCACACGGCAAGUCUGCAGCUCUGCAACCGCGUUUUCCCGUUCCGGCCCUACUCGACUUCCGGACGCUGGCUUGACCGCCUUCUUCUAAUCUCCCGCCGUCACAACCUUCAUGCAUGAACUAGCUAGCGCCAGCCAACCUGUCUCCGUUGAAAUGCGGAAGCUUGAAUUGGGAGAGUAAACAGUUCUUCGAAACGCCGCUGAAGGAUUUCACAAUCUAGAAGCGAGAAAGACAAUCGCAAAGAAAGAGAAGAAAAAAAAAAAGUCUGAUCGCGCGUCGCGCCUCCGAGUCUUACCGUCUCGACGUGUCACCUCGGGAAUUAAUUUUUUUUUCCUUCCUGCUGCCUCACCUUGUCACGACAACGCACAAUACCAA